UCAGCAUUUAAUUUUGGAUGAAUGAACACCCCAACUUUAUUAACAGCAGCUCACAUGUAAAUCACACAUCAAACAUAAAUAAACCCUGUGGCUGUUUCCAUAAUUGAGAGCAUGUUCUUUCUUCAUGUCAACAAGGUCCACGUGUAUGAGAACGGCUCUGACCAGCCUGAAGAACAGCACCAGGUUUACAGAGACCGAACAAAGAUGAAUGAAGACCUGCUGAAAACUGGAGACCUCAGUCUGACCCUGAAAUACCCCACAGAUGGAGACAACUCCACCUACACCUGCACCGUCUAUAGCAGGGAGGGAGAAGUCUUGAUGAAGAAACAACUUGAGCUGAAAGUCAGAGUCCACCAGGUGAAGGUCAAUUCAGAGGUGGAGUCUGUCCAGCUGCCCUUCAAAACCAAACUUCACCUGCUUGAAGACGCUAAAGUGGAGUGGAAGUGCAUCAUUAAUAUGAAGGUCUGUUAGCAGAAAUAUGAAAAUGGGCAAGGAAAUCUGACAUACAUGGUAAACUGCACCAACUAUACUUAGGGAGGAUUAAACACACAUCAGCCUUCGGCCACUUUGGA